AGCGUCUUCCCUUCCAGUGCGGAGACGAUCUUUGUUACAAACAUGGCAGCUCGCAUGUGAAUGUCAUGCUAUUUUAUCUCCUCCCUGAACCAGUUGAUGUUUGGGUACUGUUAGUGAUACAUUAACGCUUAACUGUAAAUGACAUCUUGAAGAAUUGUGGAUUCAUUCACCUGGAACAGCUAAGGACCGGGGUGACCAUAACUUACUUCAUCUAUUAGCUGUCAUUGUUAGCAUUUUAGCUAAGCAGUAAUCACGAUGGAUCCUGACCAACAACUGAGAAAUCUGCGGGAUUUUCUUCUGGUUUACAAUCGCAUGACUGAAGUUUGUUUCCAGCGAUGCACCAGCAACUUCAACUACAGAAGCCUCACCAUGGACGAGGAGCGCUGUGUGGACAGCUGUGCGGGGAAGCUAAUUCGCUCUAACCACCGCCUGAUGAGCACCUAUGUGCAGCUGAUGCCUCGGAUGGUGCAGCGCCGGAUGGAGGAGAUGGAAAGCAAGGCGGCGGAAAACGCCAAGGCAGCAGAGGCGGCUGCUUCUGCAUCUGUGGAGCCUCCUGCCAUAGAGGCCUCACCAGCAUCUGAAACCCCCAUCACCUUAUCGCCGCCCCCGCAAGUACCUACACUGCUGGAUCGACCUUUUACCUCACUAGCUGACGUGGAACCGGAGGCUCCUGGCUCAGUCUUGAAGCCAGCAGGAUUUGAUAUUCCAGCUGAGUUUGACACCGCUGUGUCCAAAUCCACAACGAGCACAGAUGUCAAAUUAUCAGCUGCUGCACCUCUCACACCUGCCACUGAAACACUGACUCGCUCUGGGCUUAAUGAAGCUGGCAAUGGACCAUCUGUUACAGCAGGCUUUCCUCUGCCCAAAAUUGAGUCUGAGAUCUCAGCACCUGUGUUUAUACCAUCUAAACCAAUGUCCUUAUCAGUAGAUCCGCCUGUGUCAACAGUAGCUGCACCUUCAGUGUCUAAAUCCACAGAGAUCUUGUCCGGCCAAGGGAGCGCCCCAGAGGUCCCCCCGCCGUCAGGCCAGUAAGAUGCUCUGUGUUUUUUGGUAAAAUUGUUAACGAUUUGGCUGACUCCACCACAAACAAUCCACAUCUGAAGAGUACCUCAUCACAGGCAGUCCCAAAUGUGAUAUUCUCUCUGCUAAAAAAUAGUUGAUUUAAUACAUUUACAUACAUUAUUAAUCAUAUUAUAUACAUUAUCAUCAUGUCAUCAAACCUUUUCUGGCCACAGUCUCAAAUAUGAGCAUUUUGUGUUUCUUGGUUUUCAUAUUGUAACUUAAAAAUCUUAGAGGUUUUUCAUUAUUUCUUUAUUUCUUUAUUACUUAACCUCACAGAUUAGAUUGUGAUAACCUUUGCAGGUAUUAUCAUUUUUAAUACUUUUUUAAAACAUUGAUUUAUGAAAAUAAUCUAACAUUGCAGCAAGAGGAACCCCUGUGGCGAGAAAGUAAAGUUUUGCAUGUCACUCACCAUAAGAAUAUCAAUUAUUUAUACAUAUAUAUUACUUUCUGGCAGUAUUGCAAAUUGUCAGAAAUGUUAAUAAGAAAAAUAGUUAUGUUGACAUUAAAAAUUCUAGGUGCAAAUGUUUUGUGAAAAGAAGCAAAAACAAGAAAUAAGUUGCUGUGAGUGUAUGUGGGAUUAGUGUCAGUUGAGAAAAUGAUUUUAGUGAUAUAUAACAGUCUCAGCCCAUGAAUCUGUCCUGGUAAUUGUCUGAAAGGUGACACAGUACAUGCAGAAAAUAAAUAAUCUCCAGUAAUAAAAACAAGUAUAAAUGA